AUGCACCCGGUCGAGUUGGGGGCGAAGGAUGGCUUUUUGCGCCUGUGGCUCCUGCAGCUGAGCGCAUUCAGGAGAGGCAUGGAGACCCUGGAUGAGAACGCCACGCUGUUUGGAGCGAACGAGAGCCAAGGCGCAUGGAGCGCGCACAGUGUGGAGUACAAGGCGGCCAGCGUGCUGCUGGUGCUGUUGGUGUGCGGCCUGGGCAUCGUGGGAAACGCCAUGGUCAUCCUGGUGGUGCUGACCACCAAGCACAUGCGUACGCCCACCAACUGCUACCUGGUGAGCCUGGCCGUAGCCGACCUGAUCGUGCUGACUGCGGCCGGCCUGCCCAACAUUACGGAGAGCUUGUUCGGUCAGUGGGUGUACGGCUACGGCGGCUGCCUGUCCAUCACCUACCUGCAGUACGUGGGCAUCAACGCGUCCUCGUGCUCGAUCACGGCCUUCACCGUGGAGCGCUACAUCGCCAUCUGCCAUCCGAUCCGCGCGCAGUCCCUCUGCACGCUCUCGCGCGCCAAGAAGAUCAUUGCGCUCGUGUGGGCUUUCACCGGCCUCUACUGCGUCAUGUGGUUCUGCCUGGCCGACCUGGAGAAGCAGCAGUAUGGCAACACCACCGUCAUCGCGUGCGCCUACAAGGUGUCCAGGGAGCAAUACCUGCCCAUCUACUUCACCGACUUCACGCUCUUCUACGUGCUGCCGCUGCUGCUGGCCACCGUCCUGUACGGUCUCAUCGCCAGGAUCCUGUUCCUCAACCCGCUGCCCUCAGACCCCAAAGAGAACGCCAAAGCGUGGAGGAAAAGCUCGGGCUUACGGAACACAAAGCACGGAGCCAAAAGCUCUUCCUUCAGUACUACAGCGACCUCCAGAAGACAGGUGACAAAGAUGCUGGCAGUAGUAGUGAUCCUCUUUGCAUUGCUGUGGAUGCCAUAUCGCACGCUGGUGGUCGUCAACUCCUUCCUGAAGAUACCCUAUGUGGACACCUGGUUUUUGCUUUUCUGUCGGCUCUGCAUCUACCUGAACAGCGCUAUCAAUCCUGUCAUCUACAAUGCAAUGUCUCAAAAGUUCCGCGCUGCUUUCCGCAAGCUGUGCCACUGCAGGCCCCAGCGCUCUGAGAAGCCUCCCACGUACAGUUUGGCACUGACUUACAGUGUGAUCAAGGAGACCUCUAAUGGAGAAAGCCCAGAUCACUUCACUACAGAGAUGGAGGAACUGCCUGGGGCUACAGAGGAAUUCCUGCCUGGAAAGAAAAGGCUUUCCUUCAAAGAGCCCUCACUGUGUAAAAGCAUGCUAGCUGAAGCCUAGCUCCAUGAGGGUGGAGAGAGGGGGACAUCGGUCACUUGGUAAAAAUGUACACAGAUCCAUGGAUUCACAGUUGUAAACAACACUCUUAAAAAUAAAGGUGCCAAAAAGUGUUUGCAGUGAUACCAUGGAAAAACGAUUGGUUCUCUCGAGAGCCUUUCAGUGGAUGGUUCCUCAAGAAUCAGUUUUGUAAAUGAGAUGUAAAAGUGUGAAUCUUUACUGUAUGUAAA